AUGGCACGAGAGAAGGGCAAGCUAUCACCUGUAAAGAUUCCACUUAACGAUGAUAAAGGCGAAAAAGUCGCGCGUCUGCAUUCCCGGCAGGCCCUCCAAGAAAUCCACAUGAACGAAAUCCGCGCAGCAGCAAGUCCAGUACGCAAGCUCAACCAAAGACGAAGAGAAUCGAAUUACAGCAAUAUGUCAGACUCACCGCGCACGCCGAGGACGCAAGAUGCAGCGACAAUAGCGCAGGCACGGAAAAGAGCUGGGCAACAGAGGCAGAGCAAUGGUGGUAGCAUGCGGACGUCUCUUGGCCAUGGCGAUAACGGCGUCACGCCCAUGAAACGCGUUCCCAUCCUUGCCAACUUCGAGGAGUGGAUGAAAAUGGCCACCGACAACAAGAUCAAUGCAGCGAACAGCUGGAAUUUUGCCCUGAUAGAUUACUUCCACGACCUGAGCCUACUGAAGGAAGGUGAUGGUGUCAACUUCCAGAAAGCGAGCUGCACGCUGGACGGAUGUGUCAAGAUCUACACCUCUAGGGUGGAUAGUGUGGCAACCGAGACGGGACGUCUGUUGAGCGGCCUCGCGGAUGGUGGCGCCGAGGGGAAGAAGAAUCGGAAAGGAGAGAAUGCUGACGGCGAGGAAGAGGAUGAAGACGGCGAGGAUGGAGAAGAUGGAGAAGAUGGCGAGGGCAGGAAAAAGGCCAAGAGGAAACCAGCACGCAGUCACGAAGCUACUCUCGCACCUAGCUUUGCUUCGUUCCAGGGCAAGAAGCUCGAAUUGGAGUUUGCUGUUGAUCCGCUAUUCAAGAAAGCGAGCGCCGACUUUGAUGAGGGAGGAGCCAAGGGCCUGCUGCUGAAUCAUUUGUCGAUCGACUCGGACGGAAGAAUUGUCUUUGACAGCAGUGACGAUGCUGGUGAUGCUGCGUUGAGUGGGGAGAAGAACAACCAGCAUGAGCAGACGCUCGACAGCGAAGCAGCAGAAUCCCAGCAGAAUGAGCCAAGUGCACCGAUCGAAGAAGAACAAGAUGCCAGCGGCGACCAUGACGACGAAAUCGACCUCCCCUCCCUCGCCGCCAAGUUCUUCCCUGACUUGUCCCUGCUCGACUCUCAAGAUAUCUGUCCCUCGAUGAAGACUUUCACCCUGGGCGACCCUUCCGGCUCUCUGGACAUCCCCUUUCUCAAAGCUCCGGACGACUGGAAAGAAAAGAAAGGCCUACAAACUCCAGCCCCCGGUCCCAGUCUCCCGCUGGAUCUGGCAGACCAAACAGGUAUUUUCCUAGAUGGAAGUAAUGCCAUGGGGUUCGAUGAUGAUGACGAUGACGGGGGACUACUCGGUGGUUUCGACGUCGCAGACAAUGUCGGCUUUGGCGAAGGCGGUGAAGCGUGGGCUAAGGAAGCCGCAGUGGACGCUCAGGCCCGUAUCGUCCGUGCCGAAGACGUGGACGACAAUUUGCUCGAAACUGGUGCUCAGGACUAUGCGGUGUCCCUGCAGCACAAGUACCAAGAAGACGCGGAGCAUGAAUCCAUCAUGGCCUAUUUUGACAAGGCCUUCAACUCUCGUGCGAAAGGCAAGACUGCAUUCUUGACUCUCGAGAACUGGCGGAUGCAGAAGAUCCAGAAAGCACAACAAGCUGAGGCGACCGGCACCAACUCUGCACCAACGAGACAGCGCAAAGAGAAAGAACCUUUUGAGAUUGACUUCCUUGGACCCAUGUCGGAAAGUUUGCAAGAAUUACUGCAGCAGCCGCCUGUAUUGAACUCACAGAUUUCCCUGCCGAAAGCACAGUGGCGCACGAAAGGACAUAAUCUGCUCGACAAGGAUGACGAACUUGUCGAUCCGCGGAAACUUAUGCGGUUGUGGACGAAGCCGAAGUGUCGGGUCGGACGGAUCCGGCGGAAAGAAGGAGGUGUUUCCAUGGGGAUCAUCGAUGAAGGGUUCGGCGCAAGGCAUCGUCUCGGUACUACAAUCGCCGGCGAUCAUGAAGUCGAUGACAAUGAGGGAAGAAAGGGUGAUUACGAUGCGAAUUUCUUCGCGGACGAUGAUCAGCUUGUGCCAUUUGAUGGGCCCCUACCAAUUGAUGAUGAUGAUGAUGACGAUGAUAUCGGAGGAGCGGACGACGGGCAGGCAUUUAUGGAUGCGAGGGAGAUGCUCUCCCCUCAACCGGAAUCUCAACAACAGCCGAACAUCUUCGACGCGCUUAAUGGACAAGACGAACAAACGCUAUCACAACAACCUGACUCUCAAGCCCCGAACAGCCAGCCCGAUCUCCUUCCCGGGUCUUUUGGCAGCCAACUCGUCACGCAAGCGGGCAAGAGACUUCGGCCCGAAUACGUCAACUACGCGAGGACGGCAAAGAAGGUCGAUGUACGGCGGCUGAAGGAGAAUAUGUGGAAGGGCAUGGAGACGAAACUGAUCCGCGUUCUUGACCGACCGCCUCCGACGAUACCGAACGAGCCAGAGGUGAACGACAAGAGGAAUGGUGAUGGUGAUAGUGAUGUGGAUAUGAUGGACGUCGACGACCCUCCCAGUGAUCAACCUCAAUCUGCCGCCAACGAACCACCUGAACCCAUCUCUGACCAGCAAGAGGAUCAGACUCUCAACUUCACCGAGCUCAUCCAGGACCUCCGUUCCGUGUAUCCCGACCAGCAGAUGAAGGACAUCAGCACGUCGUACUGUUUCAUCUGUCUGCUCCACUUGGCGAAUGAGAAGGGACUCGUGCUCGAAGGUGAACGAGAAGGGGACCGCGCAAUGCAAGAAAUCACCGUCAGGCGAGAUCCCACCGUGGGAGAUGGUUACGAAGGGGAGUAG